AGGAGGCCGCGCUGUGCGGCGCGCUCCCGUAGAGCUGCUCUGUCUGGAUCGCUUGUGGUCGCGCAGUUAGUGGUCGCUGUGCAGUGGUUACUAUGGCGGAGCUGCCGGCCUUCUUCAUCGUCACCGUCAACAUCAUUCUGCUCAGCGGCGGCCCCAGUCUGACAAAUGCCUUGAUUUGUCUUUGCUCUAGUUGCAUCAAAAGCAACUACACGUGUGAAACCGACGGUGCUUGCAUGGUCUCCAUUGCCAACAUAGAUAAAGUAGAGCAUCACAUGCGGGCAUGCAUUUCUGCAAGCGAACUCGUCCCGGCAGGAAAACCGUUUUAUUGUCUUAGUUCAGAAGAUAUCCGCAACACUGAAUGCUGCUACACAGACUACUGCAACAAAAUCGACCUCCUGGUCCCAAGUGGUGUCACAAAGGAGAAUCCACCUUCAGGCUGGGGCCCAGUAGAGCUUGUAGCUGUCAUAGCUGGUCCUGUAUUUCUCAUUGGCGUUAUCAUUAUCGUGGUGGUCCUUUUCCACUGCCACCAGAGGGUUUAUCACAACCGCCAACGACUUGACUUGGAGGAUCCGUCAUGUGAAAUGUAUCUGGCAAAAGAUAAAACUCUUCCAGACUUAAUUUAUGAUCUGUCUACAUCUGGAUCUGGCUCAGGACUUCCACUUUUUGUCCAGCGCACUGUAGCGAGAACAAUCGUGCUUCAAGAAAUCAUCGGGAAAGGGCGCUUUGGUGAAGUAUGGCGCGGGAAGUGGAGGGGAGGGGACGUGGCAGUCAAAAUCUUCUCAUCUCGAGAAGAAAGGUCAUGGUUCAGGGAGGCCGAGAUCUAUCAGACUGUGAUGCUGCGUCAUGAGAACAUUCUGGGAUUUAUCGCAGCAGACAACAAAGACAAUGGGACGUGGACGCAGUUGUGGCUCGUGUCCGAUUACCAUGAACAUGGCUCUUUAUUUGACUAUCUGAACAGAUAUACAGUUACCAUAGAGGGGAUGAUAAAGCUUGCCCUCUCUGCAGCCAGUGGCCUUGCCCAUUUGCAUAUGGAAAUAGUUGGAACUCAGGGAAAACCUGGAAUAGCACACAGAGACCUCAAGUCCAAAAACAUCCUGGUAAAGAAAAAUGGCGUGUGCGCCAUUGCAGACUUGGGUCUUGCUGUCCGGCAUGACUCUCUGACCGAUACAAUAGAUAUCGCUCCAAACCAGAGAGUUGGGACCAAACGAUACAUGGCUCCAGAAGUCCUGGAUGAAAGUAUAAAUAUGAAGCACUUUGACUCCUUUAAGUGUGCAGACAUUUAUGCUCUUGGCUUAGUGUACUGGGAAAUUGCUCGUAGAUGCAGUGCUGGAGGCUUCCAUGAGGAAUAUCAGCUUCCAUACUACGAUCUUGUACCAUCAGAUCCUUCGAUUGAAGAAAUGCGAAAAGUUGUAUGUGACCAGAGGUUACGGCCUAACAUACCCAACUGGUGGCAAAGUUAUGAGGCACUUCGAGUUAUGGGCAAGAUGAUGAGAGAGUGCUGGUAUGCGAAUGGGGCAGCUCGUUUGACAGCUCUUCGCAUCAAGAAAACCCUGUCACAGCUCAGUAUACAGGAGGAUGUGAAGAUCUGAAGCCUCUACCAAUGCUCCUGACAAAAUGUGGAAAAUUCAUACAAGCUGCCAUGAUGUAGUACAUAAGUAUGAGGCCUACCUCAACGUUUCUUCCCAGACAACUGCCAGUUGAACAAUGGGGCCUUUUGGCCGAAAUGGAAGAGAACAGCACUCUUAAAUUAAUUCUAUGUUUGGGUCUGAAACAGAAACUUUUUUUUUAUUUUUUUUUUAUAUAUAUUUCCCUUUUUCUUUUUCUUAGCAUGAAGAUAUGGUAUCGGAUUCAGGUGAUUACCGCAUUGCCUGACUUUUUAAUAUUUUUUUUUUUUCAAAUGAAAUUCCCAUGGUGGCACCCAUCUGGGUAGGGUAAAAUCAACGUCAUGAAACCUGCUUAAAGUGGUUCACCCGACCAUGCUCAUCUACUGGUUCAGGUCCUAGUGGGCAAAUUGAGGUUUCCGCUUGGAUUUACCCUAAACACAAAGAAGUCUCCCUUGAAAGGAUUGCGUUCAGGCUUUUGUAAAAUGACAAUGGAGCUUGAAAGCAAACACUACACUGUCCACGUAAGACCCGCGUCCAUGCAUGUGCAGGGGUGUGUGUAGCUAAUUUUUGACCUGUGUUUUGUAGGUGUACAUGUGAGCUUGUCUGCAUGCGCCAAUAUAAAGCUCCACUUUUUUGAGGUGUCGGUAUGUAGAUCACUUUGAGUGACGCUUCAUGUAAAGUUUGCAUACAGGGCCACUUUUUACCUUAAUUUUUCUAUAUAAUUUUUUCUUUUUUUUCUUUGCAAAAACAAAACCCAAACUCUUAGCUUGUUUGAACAUAACACUAACAUCCGCUUUCCAGGAAGAGGAGAUUCAUGCUGGUGAAAUCUAUUGGCAAUAGAAACAUGACAAUAAAAGACCCUCAGCUUGUGCUCUCCGAGCGGAUGUGAAGCGAGGAGGACAACCUGCAAAAAUCCAUCGUCAUUUGUAAAUGAAUCUCAGGUGUCAAGCAUUUGUCAACAGCAGGGAUUUUAGAUGUUUGUGCUCAUUAAAUUGACCGGCAUGGGUGUAGAGGUCGAUCCUUUCCAGCCUGCCUUCUGGGGGAACUGACGUGGGAAAGAGCGCGUGGUAUUUUUGAUGCCGACCAGCAGCUUGAGAGACUGUUCUGGCUGCCCGGGCCAGGCUCCAGGAGCAGGUUGGAAGUGGGGAUUGAAAUUGAUGAUUGACACAUUAUACUUUAAUACAGGACCUUAGUUGAAUUGGGAGAUUUUUUUAUUUUAUUUUUUUGUUAAGCAUCUACAGUACAAUAACUCUGAAGCCAUAACUUUUAAACUGGAGUGUUUUUGUUUGUUUUGUUUUUCCUUUUAAUUCUUGUGACGAUUUUAUUAUAUUUUUUUAUUUUUUUUGUCCGGGAGGGGAGAGUUGGGAUUUUAACAUUUUUUUUUUUUUAAAGUAUUUUAAUUCUUUGUAAAAAAGAGAAACCACAAAAAAAAUCAGAAGUCUCUCUAUAUAUAAAUAUAUAUACACAUACAUAUUACAGUAUAAAUAUUACCUCUGUCUAUUGUUUUGUAUAGAGAUCACAACAAAAAUUUAAAAAACCAAAUGCGCCAAGCUAUAUUUACACUGGAACUAUUUGUACUUGUACAUGGAAUCUUCUUCUAGACGCUGGAUUGAUCCUCACGGUUCCAUGUCACAUUUUUAUAAUGCCAUGUCGUCAUUGUCUGUUUCUUCAGGUGUACACCAUUUUCCUGUGUGUAUCCUUCAGGGGUUUUAGUGACGUGUCCAAAGUUCUAUAAAUAUAUCUAUUUUUUUUCUGCUUUCUGUGCAGAACUGUUAAUAAACUCCCAGUUUCUCUCGUCCGAGGUGCUUCUCAGUCUCGUACAGCUCACUACCAUACUAAUGUGAAGCUGGCUUGUGCAUUAAUGGGGUGUAUGUAAACUUUUAGUGUUCUGGGGCUGGGGUGUCGCUCUGUCACUUGGACUGUUGUAUAAAGCAUUAGUCAUUCUAAGUCUGCUGUGCAAUCUCUUGGUAAGACAUUUACACAUAUAUGCAAUAUAUCAUCUUCCUAAAGUCAAAUUUGGUCAAAUUUUACAAAGGCUAUGAACGGCUAGGGUUACAUAUUGAGCGAUUGUGGUAUCAAAAUGGCGUUGUGUAGCCAGGGAAAAGUUGGACAUGAAAAUGAGUGGAAUGUGUACGAGUAUUACGAAUAGUACGAAUUCUAGAUAGUAGCACCAGGCUUUAGCUCUUGCAUUUUAUUGACUAUGCUCUAUUGAUUUGCAAUGGAUAUGUUUUCUUAUAGGUCUUCUAUAGUAGGCAUAUUACAAGCAUAAGAAAGAUGAGUAGUCUUGCUGCUUACCUAUUUUGCGUGUCACUAGUGCAGGAGUCAUCUUGUAAAUGGCAACCAAAGUUAAUGGGCGUCUGUCAGCAGAUCUGUACCUAUGACACUGGCUGACCUGUUACAUGUGCACUUGGCAGCUGAAGGCCUCUGUGUUGGCCC